UACUGCGCAGGUGUGAGACCGCUCCUUCUUCACACUGCGCAGGUGCGAGGCUGCUCCUGCUUCACACUGCGCGGGUGCGAGAUCGCUCCUUCUUCACACUGCGCAGGUGCGAGACCGCUCCUUCUUCACACUGCGCAGGUGCGAGGUCGCUCCUUCUUCGCACGGCGCAGAUGUGAGGUCGCUCCUUCUUCACACUGCGCAGGUGCGAGGUCGCUCCUUCUUCACACUGCGCAGGGUGCGAGGUCGCUCCUUCUUCACACUGCGCAGGUGCGAGGUCGCUCCUUCUUCACACUGCGCAGGUGCGAGGUCGCUCCUUCUUCACACUGCGCAGGUGCGAGGUCGCUCCUUCUUCACACUGCGCAGGUGCGAGAUCGCUCCUUCUUCACACUGCGCAGGUGCGAGAUCGCUCCUUCUUCACACUGCGCAGGUGCGAGACCGCUCCUUCUUCACACUGCGCAGGUGCGAGAUUGCUCCUUCUUCACACUGCGCAGGGUGCGAGGUCGCUCCUUCUUCACACUGCGCAGGUGCGAGGUCGCUCCUUCUUCACACUGCGCAGGUGCG